GUCCACGCGUAGGGCGGACGAAAGGGUGUGCAUUUGCGUCACUACUGAGCGAUGCCGGAAAAAGCACUGAAGGCGAGGCUAAAACUUCCUGUUGUGGACCUGGAAGCGUGUUAAGAGCCUUCUUUACCGCUUCACUUCUUUGGCGUGUUGAGGUUUGCGGUGCUGUCCCUUUAAGGCUACGCGAGCUCGAGAAAAAAAAGGGGUGCCUCGCGCCUGCGCACCGAGCCAUUGACCUCGCGCUCAGUCGGCGCUGCUCGUGACUACUCCUUGUUGUUAUUUUUUUUUUGAAGGUAGUAGUUGUGGGGGGAGGGGAGGAGAUAAGAUAACGUUUUCGUUCGAUUGUUAUCACUGAGCCGGUAGUGUCGCUGCCGUUGCUAUAGCGACCUAUCCCUGGACGGGCCCGGCCUGGGAUAGCGCCCCAGUAGCCGAGGCCAUGGAGGAACCGGGGGCCGCCGCCGCCUCCUUUGGAGGGGACGGCACCGCGUCUGAAGUGACGGAGAUCCGAGUCUCUGGCCCGCAGCCCCUGCGUCUCUUGGAAUGGAAAGUGUCGGCAGGGGCGGCGGUGAAAAUCGGGUCGGUGUUGGCGGUUUGCGUACCUAUCCAGGUCCCGGCCCGGCCUGGAACCUCGCCCACGGAGACCGGCCCACAGCGACCGCCCGAGAGAAAAGUCAAGGCGGAGCGGCCCGGAGUGGUGCGAGAGCUGUGCGCUCAGCUUGGCCAGGUUAUCCCGCCCGGGGGUGUUCUGAUGAGGCUGGAAGGAUGUAGUCACCCUGUAGUUAUGAAAGGUUUAUGUGCAGAAUGUGGCCAAGAUUUGACACAACUCCGAAGCAAGAAUGGAAAACAGAACAUGCCAGUAUCCACAGCAACUGUAUCAAUGGUUCAUAGUGUCCCAGAAUUGAUGGUUAGCUCUGAGCAAGCUGAACAAUUGGGAAGAGAAGACCAGGAGCGGCUACGCCGAAAUCGAAAACUGGUGCUAAUGGUAGAUUUGGACCAGACAUUGAUUCAUACCACAGAACAGCACUGCCAGCAGAUGUCUAACAGAGGAAUAUUUCACUAUCAGUUAGGUCGAGGGGAACCAAUGCUGCACACUCGGUUACGUCCUCAUUGUAAAGAAUUCCUAGAAAAGAUUGCUAAGCUGUAUGAACUACAUGUUUUCACCUUUGGGAGCAGACUGUAUGCACAUACGAUUGCAGCAUUCCUGGACUCCGAAAAGAAGCUUUUCUCUCAUCGAAUAUUAUCAAGGGAUGAAUGUAUUGAUCCAUAUUCUAAAACUGGAAACCUUAGAAACUUAUUUCCUUGUGGAGAUUCCAUGGUUUGUAUUAUCGAUGACAGAGAGGAUGUCUGGAAAUUCGCACCUAAUUUGAUAACUGUGAAGAAAUACGUAUACUUUCAGGGCACAGGAGAUAUAAAUGCACCACCUGGAUCAAGAGAAGCUCAGAUGAGGAAAAAAGCAAAUCAUUCCUCAAAAUCAAUGGAAGCAUCUGAUCCAGCAGUAGUCACAAGGGAUGUUGAAGUAGCAAAUGUUGAAAACAUAGAAGAACAAAGCAAUGGUAUUGGAAAAUCUGCAAAGAGAAUAAAUGGCAAUAACUCUGUCAGUGAAGAAACCUCAUCCUGGGAUUUGAAUUCUAAUAAUAAAGUUAAAGUAAGAGACUCCAUAAGCGAUCCUGAUUAUGUAACAGAUGUUACUAAUACAAAUGAUCUAACAAGUGCCAAAGAGUCUCAUGUGUCUUCAGACCAUGAUAAUAGGACAAUUAUAGGCAAGCAACAGAUUCAAAACAAGGUAACAAAUUAUUUGGACUUUGAAUUAUCUAGUGAUAGCGAAAGUGAUAGUGGGUUAGAUGCUAGGAAAUUGUCAUCCUCUUCUGCCUCCGAUAGUGAAAAUGAAGGGAAGAGAAGCUGGAGAAAAUCAAAGCAGUCUGUACAAGAAGAAAAUAUAAUGAUGGGAUCGGAUACUAAUGUAGAAAAGGAUGGACAGUCGAACCAUUCCGGAGACCCAGUUUCUUCACCUAGCAUCAAUCUCCAUUCCAAGACAUUUGAUCUGGAAACACAUGAAGAGAGUGAGCAAGAUAGCCUUUGUAGUCUAGGAAAUGGGUGUGUUGACAAAAAGGAAGCUGAGACAGAGUCUCAAAACAGUGAGCAAUCAGGGAUUACUGUGGGAGAAUCUUUAGAUCAAAGCAUGGAAGAAGAAGAUGAUGAUGAUACAGACCAUGAUGACCAUUUAAUAUAUCUUGAAGAGAUUCUUGUUCGAGUGCACACAGAUUAUUAUACAAAGUAUGAUAAAUAUGUCAGAAAAGAAACAGAUGAAAUUCCAGAUAUAAGAAAAAUAGUGCCAGAACUGAAACGAAAAGUAUUGUCAGAUGUUACAAUAUUAUUUAGUGGACUAUACCCAACAAAUUUCCCAAUAGAAAAAACACGUGAGCAUUAUCAUGCUACUACACUUGGAGCUAAGAUUGCAAAAAACCUAGUACUGAAUGAAGAUGAUCCCAAUAAACCAACGCACCUUAUUGCAGCAAGAGCUGGCACAGAAAAAGUCCGGCAAGCUCAAAACUGUAAAAAUCUCCAUAUUGUAAAUCCAGAUUGGUUAUGGAGUUGCUUGGAACGUUGGGACAAAGUAGAAGAACAAUUGUUUCCUUUGAAGGAUGAUUAUCUUAAAACACAAAGAGAGAAUAGUCCUGCCAUGUUUCCAGAUAUACACGGUGCUUUCCAGACUGCUAUUUUCCAUCCAACUCCCAUUCAUCCAAAGUGUCAGCCUGGUCCAGAGGUUCGGCUAUAUGAUCCCAACACUGGAAGACUAAUAAGAAAAGGAUCUCAGAAUUCUAGCCAGCCAUUGUAUAUUCAGCCACCAGCUCCACCUCUUACUCUACCAGUCCAUGGGGAGCAUUCCUUAUUCAGAGUUGUUCAACCACAUCAACAACUUUUUGAUGAAGAAGAGAUGCCUGCAGGUGAAAAUGAAGAAGCUGGGCCAUCUAAACGGAAACGGCAGCCAAGUAUGUCUGAGACAAUGCCACUAUAUACCAUGUGUAAAGAGGAUUUAGAGAGUAUGGAUAAAGAGGUUGACGACAUAUUAGGAGAAGGCAGUGAUGACAGCGACAGUGAAAAAAAGAAAGCAGGAGAAGGAAUGGAAGCGCCACAGAGUAAUGCAAAAGAGACUUUAAAUAUAAAAAUAGAAGAGAGGCCUGUUUCAACAUCAUCAAGUGAAAGAAGUUUGACAGGCAGUGUACCCAGAAAUUGCUGUACCAGAAGCAUUGUGCAUUUUGAAUCGAUUCAGGACAUCGAGGCAGCCACAACAGCACAAUUAAAGACACUCACAAAAGAGGACUUCCAGAACUGUUUCAGAAAGUGGCAAGAACGAUGGGAUAAGGGUCACAAGCGAAAGUUAGAUGACGAUGAUGGUGCCAGUGAAUCAAGUAAAGGGUCUAGCAAUGAAGACGAAGAAGGGAGCAGUUCAGAGGCAGAUGAAAUGGCAGCAGCACUAGAAGCUGAACUGAAUGACUUUAUGUAACCUACAUAAGGAAGGAGUGUCUAAUUAUGUGCCACUCAGAAUUCCAGUGGUGGACAUUUCCUGUCCCCUCCAAAAUAUGGUGUAUAUUUUGCAAAAUAACAUAGGAGGAGGUGAUGCGUUAUUUUACAAAAUCUGAAAUAGAUGUUUUUAAGGUGUUUUACUAAAGGAAUAUAUACUUUUUUAAAAGAAAAGUAUUAAAAGGGGACUUGGUCUUAUAUGCCAAAGACAAGUUAUGAGCUCUGCAGAACCUUCCAUAAGAAAGUAGUGCAAAGAUUUGCAGCUGAACUUCUGAAAAAUAAUGCCAUGAUGGCAUUGACUACCGAGCUUCAGAGCUAAGGAAUACAUUGCAUGGAUGAGGUAAAGGGAUUCUGAUCAAGAUAUGUUUUCUUCACAGUGAGAUAUUAUCAAAUAGACUUUUAAAAAUAAAGAACAAUUUAUAUUUGUAUAGGAACUGAGAAUGCGAUAUGCAAGCUUUGAGAACCCUGCACUUGUCCUUCCUGCCACUUGCUUCUAAGAGAAUAUAUGAUGAUUGAAUUAUAUGUUUUAAGUUACUUUGUGGAUUAGUUGUAUUCUUUAGGAGACUAUUUAGAUUUUUAACUUCUUUAAAAAUUGCAGAUUUAGCACAGAAAACACUGUGCACAAUUGUGCUGCCAUAAAACAUAUCCAUUCAUUUUGUGUUGUAUUUCAAAGGAAUGGCUACAAGCUAAUUCUAAAUAGCAUUUUAUUUCUUUGAAAGAACAGAUGUAAAGUUUUUGUACAUUCUAUUUCAUAUUUGAUCUACAAAGCAGAUUCUUUUCAUUAAUAAAAUACAUUUUGUAAACUC